GCGGACAACAUCAAGAAAAAAUUGACGCCAACAAACCUUCGAAUUUUUCGACCAUUAUGGCUAUUCUCGCAAAGACAUUACAAUGUCUUUCGGAUGGUCAGCCGGCGAUAUCGCCACGGCGAUCGCAGUUACCUACAAUCUGAUCCAAGCCCUCGACGAUGCCAAUGGAGCUGCCAAAGAGUAUCGCGAGGCUGUAUCUUUCCUCAACGAUCUCAAGCGGACUCUCGAACCUCUUCAUACAUUUACAGCUUGGGGUGCAUAUCCGGCAUACGGGCGAGAGAUUGGGCAGCAGGUUGACCAUAUCAAGGAGCCUGUGCAAGAUUUCCUGGCAGCAGUUCUGAAGUAUGAGCCGAGCUUGGGAGCGAAUGCGACCAAGGGUUGGAAAAGGAGUGUGCCAACCGUCUUCAGAAAGUUGCAAUGGCAUAUCCUCAUGUCGAAAAAGGUUUUGAGGCUGAAGGGGCAAACCGAAUCGCAUAUGCGAAUCCUCGAUUCGCUAAUGCAGCGACUUACUUUGGACGUCGUGUGGACAGCUCAGCAAAAGCUCCCUGAUACUCUACGCACUACGUUCGCAGAGACAAUACGACCCGAGCUUGUUGCCAUCCUUCGAGAUUGCUUACCUCCAAAUCCCACAACUAGCAUAUGUAAUAUGAACGCAGCAAUUACGAAACUGUCGGAACACUACCAGGUUAUAUCUUCCAAUAUGCAGGAGAUCAAGCAGCAGUUGAAGAAACCCCAGAUUGUGCAACAACACAUCGAGUCUUCCCUGCAGGGCGGGAGUGGAGGUGCGGGACAACCCGCACAGCCUGCUUUGCUAGAUCGUUCCCGUAUCGUUGGGUCACUUGUCGAGUCUCCUGAUCGGACGUCGAGCCAGGCGAAAGAUGCUCCAGCUAUGGAAGUCAAUGACAAGUCUCUAGCAGAAGUAUACUAUCUCGUGUUGCUCUACCUUGGAACCUUCCUAAAGAAUUUGUUCAUUGUGCUAUCACGCUUGGUUCAGCCCUCGCGAGCGCUGAUGCCGGUCUUAUUGGCAAAGUACAACAUAUCCUUCUUGGAUGCAAUAGGACGCCCCGCACGGGUCCUACCGUUUGAGUAUUUCCGCACCUUCAAAAUCUUGCAAGCAUUUAUAGAGUACGAGUUUAGAGAUCUUCCUGGCUCGGCGUGGGUAAACCAUGGUAAGUAUCUAGUCCUGAGCUUGCGAAACAACCGAGCAUUGAACGAGGAAAAUUGGGAUUAUUCGGUUGCUCCGGGCGCAAAAAUUGCCAUGUCAGUGCUUGUGAAGAAGCGUUUCGGAUCAAAUUGGACCUCGGAUGAAGAAUGCUGCCCCGAGUCUAGCUGCUUGGGGACACUGAAAAGGAGAGAAAGCCAAUCGUGGGCAACCUGUUCAGUAUGCGAAAAAGAGGUCUAUACAUCCGUACUUAAGAUUUCGAACGUUCCAGAGACCGCUACCGAGACAGAUAACCCUAGGGGGAAUCGGCAGAAUAGUCGUCAAGCAAGCUCCCAUCAGAUAACUUUCGAGCCUGAUGAUGAAGACAUUUCGUUCUUCAAACGAAUUGCACAAGAGGUAUUAGAUGGUGGUACUCUGUCAGAGAAGCCCUCCUCGUCCUCGCCCCCCGCCGAAGACGAUAUGCUCUUGAUCAAGAACAAGGGGAUCACGUAUCCGGUCAAAUUCCCAGCAUACAGUAUCGCGGAUGGCAAACUUCAAGUCAGAGAUGUGAGGGAGCGUGUUGCGGCAAUCAUGGAUCUGCCCGAAGGCAGUGCCAAGCGGAUUAAGCUACUAUACAAGGGGCAGCAGUUGAAAGAUGACUAUAUGCCGUGCAGGAAUUAUAGUCUCAAGAACCACAGCGAGGUGUUGUGUAUAGUGAUCGAUGCACCGGCGAGCAGCGAGGAUUCGGAGGACGACAGCGAGAGCGUGCAUAUGCUCCAUGCUAUAAUCUACACCAGUAAUCAAGUUCCGGAAGAGCAGCGAUAUACUACCGGCGACGGAACAGUGGUGACGGAAAACCUGUCCAAAGAUCCGAUCAGAGUCAUGCGUGAACAGGACGACCAGGAAGGUUAUCUACAUCCUGCUUCUAGACUCAAGUAUGUGAAGAUAUACACUGUCGAGAAAUAUGUUCGGGUCCUCAACGCUGGAACGGCCCACAAAGAUUCCCUAGAAAGCCUCCGGCGCAAUUCAAUAUUUUACCGAAGGCACCUGAAGAUUCAGGAUAUGGGAAGAGAAGACGGAUGA